CGCAUGAAACCACCAUUAUCAAAAAUUCAAACACUACCCGCCAUCAACGGCAAUAUCCAGCGAGCCUUGCAAACCCUCGACUAUGGCGCGUACGGCCAUCUCAUCCAACACUUCACCGACCGCCACCUUCAUCGCCAAGCCAAGCAGCUCCACGCGCGGCUCGUUCUCUCCUCAGUCGCUCUUGACAACUUUCUGGCUUCAAAACUUGUCAAUUUUUACUCAAAAUCUAACAAACUCUUUCAAGCCCAGCACGUGUUCGAUAAAAUUUCCCACAAAAAUGUGUUUUCUUAUAACGCCAUGCUCAUUGCGUACUCUGUUCACGAUAUGUAUACCGAUACGUUAAAGUUGUUUUCGUCAUUGCUGUCAUCUUAUUCGGUGGAUUUGAAGCCUGAUAACUUUACAAUCACGUGCGUUUUAAAGGCGUUGUCGGGUUUGUUUUGUGAGUCAAGAUUGGCUAAAGAGGUUCAUGGUUAUGUUUUGAGAUGUGGGUUUGAUUCCGGUGUGUUUAUUUUUAACGGUCUGAUUACGUUUUAUUCGAGAUGUCAUGAUAUUGCUUCAGCGAGGGCGUUGUUUGAUAGAAUGUCUGAGAGGGAUAUUGUAACAUGGAAUUCGAUGAUCGCCGGGUAUUCACAGGGAGGGUUUUAUGGAGAGUGUAAGGGAUUAUAUAGAGAGAUGUUGAAUAAUUCGAUGUUGAGACCAGAUGAAGUGACAGUAGUCAGUCUUUUGCAGGCGUGUGGGCAAUCAAAUGAUCUUGUUUUGGGAAUGGAAGUUCAUAAGUUUGUAAUUGAGAAUCAAAUUAAAGUGGAUGUUUGGCUUUGUAAUGCUUUGAUUGGAAUGUAUGCAAAAUGUGGUAGUUUGGAUUAUGCAAGAGCAUUAUUUGAGGAGGUGAGUGAGAAGGAUGAAGUUUCGUAUAGUGCAAUUAUUUCUGGUUACAUGGUUCAUGGGUAUGUUGACAAAGCCAUGAAUCUGUUUCGAGAAAUGAAACAACCAGGAUUAAGUACGUGGAAUGCUUUAAUUUCAGGUCUGGUUCAAAAUAACCGAUAUGAUGGGAUUUUGGAUUUGGUUAGAGAAAUGCAGGCGUUAGGUUUUAGACCAAACGCGGUGACACUUUCAAGUAUUCUUUCUAUGUUUUCGUAUUUUUCAAACCUAAAGGGAGGGAAAGAAAUGCAUAGUUAUGCUCUUAAAAACGGUUAUGCUCCUAAUAUUUAUGUUGCAACUUCCAUUAUUGAUACUUAUGCAAAGGCCGGGUUUCUUCAUGGGGCACAACGGGUUUUUGAUCAGUUGAAAGGUAGGAGCUUGAUUAUUUGGACAGCAAUAAUCUCAGCUUACGCUGCCCAUGGUGAUGCUAAUGUAGCUCUUACUCUUUUUAAUGAGAUGCUGAAUAAUGGGAUUCAGCCAGACCCAGUCACAUUUACAGCAGUGUUGGCAGCUUGUGCUCAUUCGGGAUUGGUGGAUAAAGCAUGGGAGAUUUUCAAUUCCAUGUUUGCAGAGUAUGGCGUUCAGCCCUCUGUUGAGCAUUAUGCAUGCAUGGUAGGGGUUCUUAGCCGAGCCAGAAAACUAUCUGAAGCAGCAGAUUUUGUCUCUAAAAUGCCAAUUGAACCAAAUGCUAAGGUUUGGGGGGCACUGCUUAAUGGGGCUUCAGUUUCUGGUGAUGUUGAACUUGGGAAGUUUGUUUGUGAUCGUCUAUUUGAGAUUGAACCUGAAAAUACUGGAAAUUACGUCAUAAUGGCAAAUCUAUACUCACAAGCUGGAAGAUGGGAAGAAGCUGAUAGGGUGAGGGAAAAAAUGAUGAAAAAUGGGUUGAAGAAAAUCCCAGGCAGUAGUUGGAUUGAAUCCAGUGGUGGGUUACAAAGCUUUAUAGCUAAGGACACAUCAAGUGAAAGAAUGGUUGAGAUAUACGCAGCAUUGGAAGGAUUGCUUGGUUUGAUGAGAGAAGAAGGGUAUGUAUUGCAGAAUGAGUAUGAAGAGGAGAGUGCCUAUAUAUGAACAGUGAACGCAUAAGCAUCAGAAUUUUUGUAGAAAUGAGGUGUGGGCUCAUGGAGUCCAAUGUGCCCAAUGCUUUCCUAAGGCCAAAAUGACUAACAUAUCUUCACCCACCUUUAGGAGUCCCUGCAGGUCAGAAAUACCAUUAUUGGUGAGUCAGUAGUUUGGUUGCCCACGCUAGAUAGCUUUGAGCUGGCUGCUGCUGUUGAUUAGUACAUCUGAAUUGCCAUUUUUGUUUUGACUAAUUGUCCAACACGAAGGAUAGAAACAGUGUACAUUUUAUCAUUUAAUUAGUUUUCUUGGUGCAUUAUAAGUUCAAGGAAAAGGCAUAAUGCAGAGCUGGACGUGUUGAAGACUUUGGAUCCCAUUCUUUAACAUUUACAUAUUUUUCUUGAGAUGUUGAGCUGAUAUUGAUGCCAUUCUUACUGAACAGACAAGAUUGAUACGUUUUUAUUCCUGGACAGAGUGGGGGUACAUUUUCUAUAAUUCUUUCUCCUGUAACCUUUCUGAGUUGUUCACCCAACUUUUGGACUGGUGUGCACUUAGGAUUACUUUUAACGGUGUUACCCUGUAAUCAUCACUCCCAAACAAGAAGAAUACCCAUUUUCAUCUUUAAUUCUUUGCUUUUGGAGUCUUUUUAUUUCUCUCUUUCUUUUGUUCUUCUGGGUAAUCUUUGCUUGCAGUUAAAGCAUCCAAUGAUACAACUUUUGGCCAUAAACGCCACAGUUAAUUUCUAUAUUAUUCUUUGGUCGGUCCCCCAUUCCUUCUCCACACAAUGAUCAUAAUUUUUCCCUUUCAUAUUCACCAGAAUGUCCAUGAUGCACUUGCACAUUCUUCAAAGAGUACACAAAUCCAAUCACCUAACUAAAUUCUCAGCACAUGGUUAAAAUAGUCAAUGGGGAUUCAUUUUUCCAAGCUCCAAGAAGUAUAAACCGAGAUAAAUGAAGGUGGUGGAUGUCAUGUAAGUGUGAAGGGUGACAAUAUGCCGGGACAAGCGCAAGAGUGACAAA